UUUCCACGGACAUCCCUCGCUCUUGGCCAAUGGCGUUAUCGCAUUCUCGCAUUGUCCGUCGUACGUCGCGGGCAGCCGCGUGGUGCAAUCGCACCGGCCCAGCACGCUGCCUUCAUCGGAAGGGGAUGAGCGACCGUCGCAGACGUAUCCGGACGAAUAACUGCCGCGGACACAAACGCGCCGGUUUGUGGCUAGGGCUGCGGCUCGGAUAUCUGUGGCCAGCCAUUCAGGGGAAUCUCGGACUUUUCUGUCGCAAGGAUACCCACAUGAAGACAGGCUGCGAAAUUGUAUAGAAUGGAAGGUACCUCAAAUAAAACUCGCGUUUCCUUGGCCAUCCGCUCAAAUUCCUUGGGAUUGCAUUUGGGAAUUGACUUUCAGACACUCACAUUACCAUGCAGUUCAACGACGUGCACACCGACGGCGGCCUCAAGAAGCUCAACGGCUUCCUCACGGCGCGCUCGUACCUCGAGGGCUUCCAGUUCUCGGCCGCCGAUAGCACCACGUUCGCCAAGCUCUCGAGCGCGCCGGACGCCUCCAAGUACCCCAACGUCUACCGCUGGUAUGUGCACAUCGCCGCCAAGCUCGGCCGUGCCGCGUACGCGCCCAAGGCUGCUGCCCCGGCCGCCGCCAAGCCCGCCACGCCUAAGGCCGCCACGCCCAAGGCUGCCAAGCCCGCCGAUGACGAUGAUGAUGACAUGUGGGGCGACGACGACGAGGAGGAGGACGAGGCCGCCAAGGCCGCCGCCAAGAAGCGCGCCGACGCUGCCAAGGCCUCGAAGAAGGAGAAGGCCAAGCCGAUUGAGCGCUCGCAGGUCGUGAUUGAGGUCAAGCCCUGGGAAGCCGAGACCGACCUUGAGGCGCUUGCCAUCAAGAUCAAGGCCCUCGAAGUCAACGGCCUCUCGUGGGGUGAGGGCCACAAGCUCGUCCCGGUUGCCUUCGGCAUCAAGAAGCUCCUCGUCCAGUGUAUCAUUAUUGACGAACUUGUCUUGUUGGACGACAUCACGGAAGCCAUCGAGCAGUUCGAGGACGACGUGCAGUCGGUCGACGUCGCCUCGAUGAACAAGAUGUAAAUUCGUCGGUGUUUCUAUCUUCUCUUUAAUUAGUACAACAAGUAGACAGUAGUAGAUUGAUUAAAACACUAGGCUAUUUGUCUGUCA